UCUAGCUGGGCGUGGUCCGACUUCCCCAACUUAAAUUACACUAGGCAAAGGCAAUCAAGAAGUAGGAACCAGGUCAAAAAAUGAGCUCCAGAGGGCGAACAGAGACUGAGAAGCUGAAGCAAAACUUGGAGGAUCAGCUGGAUCGUCUGGUAGCCCAGCUUGCAGACUUGGAAGAAUGCAGAGAUGACCUUGAUGCGGACGAGUACGAAGAGACUAAACAAGAGACGCUUGAGCAACUGAAGGAGUUCAGUGAAUCUCUAGCCAAGAUGAAGGGCGGAGAUAUGACCCUCGUCAACGAACUUAAUCGGAUGCAGCUAGCCAUACAGGGAGCCAUUAGCGAGGCGUUUAAGACCCCUGAGGUGAUCAGAAUGUUUGCCAAGAAGCAGCCUGGACAACUUCGCCAAAGAUUGGCCGAGAUGCAACGUGAUGUGAAGGUUGGGAAACUGUCAGAGGAUGUGUACAACCAGCAAGCUGUGGAGAUCCUGGCAGCUCUUAGAAAACUGGGAGAAAAGCUGUCCCCAAUAGAGAUCGACUUCCUGACCUCCCACUCGAGUGCAGCUCUAAGUGCUUUUGAGAAAGUUUCCGACAGCAGUGCCUCAGGGGAGAAGGUGUUGGCAAUGGCAGGAUCACAAAUCGAGAGUGCCAAGAAAUAAAGCUAACCAUGCAGAAAUAAUAUUCAACAUUAUAAUAAUUAUACAUGCUUGUAGCUCUAGUCUGUGAGUAUAAUUAUUUGUGAUACAUGAUGUGUGUAAUAAUUAUAAUUAUGUGUGUUCCCUAGCUUCUGAUUUUUAUACGUUUAACUUCCAAUCUGAGAUAAUUUAUCAUGA